UCCUCUCCGCGAACCCGGAGCCGCUCAUUGACCGGGACCGGCGGAGGAGGGAUCCCGGGCCGGGAGCGGAGCCUCGUGCCAUCCUCAGGUACCUCUUGUUCCCCGCGGUGUGCGAGAGCGCGCGAGACAUGAAGAGUUUCCGCGUGGAUGACUUCAUAGCGGGAUGGAUAGCAGGGGGUUGCAGUGUCAUUGUGGGACACCCACUGGACACCGUAAAGACUCGCCUGCAGGCUGGGAAAGGAUACAAAAAUACCCUCCAUUGCAUCCUCACUAUGUACCAGAAGGAAAGUGUUUCAGGCUUCUUCAAAGGGCUCUCCUUCCCCCUCGCCACCAUUACGUUGUACAACUCCGUCGUGUUUGGCGUCUUCAGCAACUCGCUGCGGUUCUUCAGCCAGCGUCGCCACGGCGAUGAGAGGCAUCCCCCUGGCGUCCUGGACCUCGCUCUGGCCAGCGUGAUGGCGGGCUUGGUCUCCGUCAGCGUGGGGGCCCCGGUGGAUCUGGUGAAGAUCCGGCUGCAAAUGCAGUCUCAGCCCCUCCUGGCCGAGAAUCUGCACCUGGCAGGCAGCGGGGCCCUGCGCACGGUUGGCAUCCAGAGCCAGCGCCUGUACCGCGGCCCCCUCCGCUGCAUCGGCGCCGUCCUCCAGAGCGAGGGCAUCCCGGGCCUUUACCGCGGGGCAGGGGCCAUGAUCCUACGUGACGUCCCCGGGUACACCCUCUACUUCAUCCCCUACACGCUGCUCUGUGAUUGGCUGAACCCCGACGGCAGCCCCUCCCCUCACCCGUGCUCCAUCUGGCUUGCCGGCGGACUGGCAGGUUCCGUCUCCUGGGUGACGGCCACCCCGGCCGACGUGGUGAAGAGCCGCUUGCAGGCCGACUCGGCACACCACAGGAAGUACCGAGGAGUUCUGCACUGCAUCACCCACAGUUACAGGACCGAGGGAGUGCGGGUGUUCUUCCGUGGCACGACGGUCAACGCCAUCCGCGGCUUCCCCAUGAGCGCCACCAUGUUCCUGAGUUACGAACUGUCGCUCAAGUUCUUCAGGAGCCUGUAGCCGGACGCACACCCGCCCCCAAAUCCCCGACGCAGGGGCCAAUCAUCGCCGCCUCGACCGUCCUGUCCGAAGCUUCUGUUGUUGCCAUGGCAACGAGAUCAGGGCAGGGUGGUUCUUACAAAAACUUCUCAUUUCUUAUGUUAAGAAAGAAAAAAAUAAACACAAUGAUCACAGAUAUAAUGUUUACAAUUCAAAAUGUUUAUUGCACAUAAAGCAGAUAUUCCUCUCUCUAUUUUUAUAAAUUUAACCUUUGAGACAAUACUGUGUGUGUGUGUGUGUAUGCUUCAUAGCACAGAUCGUUUUGCUUCACCGAGAAAGCGUGUACUAUAAUGUACUAUAAAUACGUAAACAAUCCUUUCCUGGCUAAACAUGCCUGCAUUUACAUGUAUUCACACACACACACACACAUUUUCAGAACCGCUUGUCCCAUACGGGGUCA